AUAAUCUAUAUUGCCUGUUAUCCCAAGGUGUGUGAAACAAUCCUUUUCAAGAUGUAUGGAAUAUCACAUGUUGCAUCAACACCACGAGCAAGUUCAACAGCAUUUAAUGGAGAACAUAGCCGCAGCCUCUCACAACGUAUUUUUCCAAGUUAUGCUUGCGCCUUUUUGGACGAUGACCCUGCCUAUGAGUGUUGUUCCACAAAUCUUCUGACAGGCUCCCUUUCCACAUGUCGCCGCAGCCCUCGCCUGCUUUCUAAUGGCUAUUACAUUUUGACACAAGACAGUUUUCUGUCUGAUGAAGAGGGCAACGUAACACUGACACCAUCCCAGACAAGUGUUACAUAUAAAGAGAAUUUAGUUCGCGUAUUCAGGCGAAGGAAGAAAAUCCGUCGCUCUCUUGCCAGCUUGUUCAAUCUUGGUGCCUCCAGUUCGUGGCUCAGCAGCACCGUCCUCAGCAAUAUGGAUUCCUCCCACAUAGAUGAUCCUUGGCCUGAUGAAUGCAGUAAGCUAGAGGCCAGUCAGAGUGAUACUGGUGAUUCAGACUUUUCUUCUGAAUAUAAUAGCCACGUACCACAAAGGCAAACUCCAGCAUCUAAAGGAGCCUCUCUCCACAAAGAUGAGGAAUUUCUUCGGUUUGGGAAACCAUUUUGUGCUUCACAAUCGUGCUCUCCAUUUAUAAUAAAUGCAAAUGAAGAGACUUUGAGCAAUGCAAAAUCCAGGACAGUGCGAAAUGUCCUUUCUCAGAUGGUUGCGCUGAUCAUGUGUUUAAUCAUUUCACUAUGCACAAGAUAUUUUCUGGGAGGAUUGUCUGCCACUUUGUUGCUGAUAAUUUUAGUUUUUCUUUUGUCCCAAGAUGCUGCUGUGUCAUCUUUCUUUAGUGUUGAUGCAUCUUUCAAAACAACGAAGUUUUG